AUGGCUGCAUUUUAUGAGUCUAGUUCGUAUUCUUCUUCAGCUUCGGAUACGGAAUAUUCCAGGGAACAUCUGGAAGAUUUGUCUUACGGAAACUUAGCAACAAUUCCAGAGUGUAUUUUACAAAGAUCCGCGUCUCUGUAUUCUCUGCAGCUGGAUAAUAACGACAUCAUCAGCCUCCCCAGCACCAUAGGCCUGUUUAAGAAACUCAUCGUCCUGGAUAUUUCUGCAAACAACAUGACUUUUAUCAGCGAUGAGAUUUGUCAGCUAACGAAGCUGCGGACCCUAAUUGCUAAAAACAACAAACUGAGAUGUGAUUCUUUUCCUAAAGAUUUCGGGACUUUGUCGUCACUGGAGGUUGUGAACGUUAGCGGGAACCAGAUAGAAACUUUUCCUCCUCAGUUUACGGAAUUGGAUAAACUGCAGGUGCUGCACUGUGGAGGCAAUCUUUUAGCAGAGUUGCCCAGUACCAUCAGACUUCUUACAAGACUGCAAGUUCUCUAUCUCGGUGGAAACCGACUGGUGGAGAUUCCAGCAGAAGUAGGUUACCUUAGUGAAUUGACCUCUUUGGUUCUUUGUGACAAUCGUCUUCAGAGUCUGCCACCAACUCUCAUGAACCUUCGCAAUCUGCGUAGCCUCAGCCUGCACAACAACAAACUCUCCACUUUACCUACUGAAAUUGUGGCUUUGAACCUUGUUGAACUCAGUUUGCGGAACAACCCUUUGGUGAACAGAUUUGUUCAGGAUCUUGUGUACAAUCCACCAGCUUUACUUGAGCUGUCUGGUCGAGUGAUUAAAAUAGAGAAGGUCCGCUACACCUCUGAAGAUUUGCCUGUUAGUCUUAUUCGAUAUUUGGACUCUGCCCAAAGAUGUGUCAACCCUCAGUGUAAAGGUGUGUACUUCUCAUCACGAGUGGAGCAGAUAAAAUUUGUUGACUUCUGUGGCAAGUACCGGCUUCCCUUAUUGCAGUACCUGUGUUCUCCCAGCUGCUCUACAAUAUCACCCACUGUUUGUGUCAGCAGCGAUAGUGAACUUGAUGAGGAAGAGGCCGGAGCCAGAGAAAGAAUGAGACGAGUCCUCCUUGGAUGA